CUGGUGUAAUUACCCGUUCUAUUAUCAAGGGAUGUGUUACUGAAAACAUGCCCUGUGACUAUGUGGGUCAUAUCGAUAUUGGUGGUGCUAAUUCUUCUACAUUUACAACAAAUAUUAAAUGCUGUGAUGGGGACAACUGCAACACCUUUAAUUAUGAAA